AUGCUGCCAGCGACUGCUGGCAAUUUGGGUCUGGGCAAAAACCUGGGCCAGCGCAGCCUGAGGGCUCGACAGUCGCGGACUUGGCCACUGCCUAGUUUACCUCGUCCAGGGGCACAGCCUCAGCGCGUUUGGCCGGUGCUGGUGGCAUGCGCUGCGCGACGGAAAGGCAAGGGCCUUCCAACCCUGAAGCAGCUGCGAGAGAAGCUGGCAGAGCUCGGACUGCCGAGCCGCGGCCGCAAAGCGGAGCUCCUGGAGCAGCUGCGGCUGGCGGUGCUUCGCGCAGAGGAGGACACCGUGGAAGUUCUGAAUGCAGAGCCUAGACGUCGCUCGAAAGGUUCAGGACCUGUGGAGGAAGUUGAGGUUCUGAAAGUUUCCGGCAGUUGGACGACAGAAGGUGCAAGUGACCCAGAUCUUGUCCGGCCGGGCGACCGCAUUUUCUUGCGUGCGCACACUGGUCGCUUCCUUGAUGUGGAAAGUGAUCAUGCGUUUGCUCGCUGGGAAGACACAGGGGACUGGCAGAGCUUGGUCAUUGAGAAGAAUCCCUUGGUGGUAGAGAGCAGCGACCCGACGAUGUUUCAGCCUGGAGAUUUGGCGUUCCUCAGGGCACACACCGGGUGCUAUCUGGACGUUCAGGAUGAGGGUCCGGUGAAGGCUCGCUGGGUAGACCUUGGCGUGUGGCAGGGCCUGGAGCUGGCAAAACGUGAGCCAGCGCCCAUCCGGGUGGGCGACACCAUCUACUUGAAGAGCCACACUGGUAUGUAUAUUGACGUGCAGGGGGAUGCCGUGCAGGCACGCUGGCCGGACCAAGGGGACUGGCAAGCGCUCACAGUGGAGCGGUGA